GCAUUUUAGCCUACGUAGUUACAAAUUACGUCGACAUUCCUUAAUUCGCUCAAUAGCGUUAUGGAAAAAGGGUUUAUUGGAUUAAUGUGGCAACUCUCUUGCUGUGGACAGAAAAAUUUGCAUCAGUUUUGAGACGUCAUUGACUAGAAUUUUUGUAGACCUGGCAACCCUGGUUCAAGAGAUACGGGAAGUAAACAAACUGAUGGAGCUGUCAAAAAAAGAAAACAAGACGUUGCCAGCUUCUUGCAAGUGAUACAGUUGCCAUGACUGCUUGUAUCAUCUUACUUGUCGUACUUUCCGGAACAUCAAGCUAGGGGUACAUUUGACUAAGACACUGAAUAUAAAAGUCAUAUGAAGAGCCAUGUCUCACACUGUUGGCCCAAUUCAGUGGACCAUGGCGGAGCUACUGGGUCAGAGGAGCCUACUGGGCUUUGGAGCUCUUCUGACAUGGCUGAUUCUCUUCCAUUUACUGGUGAAUGUAUGGCUGCUGUGUGUCUUCACCAGCCUCCUGGUGGUCAUGGGAGGCUGGCUGGGAUCUCAGGCUGUCCUGGACUCCAACAGUGUUGUUCACCUAGAGCGGUUCAUCAAAUUGGAAAGGGUCCCUCCUUCGCCUGAGAGUGAGCGGCAGCUAGACCACGAGAUACAGACCACCGUGCGCAAGAUAAUCAGAGACUUUGUGUCCUCCUGGUACUGCAUAGUGUCCUCGGAGCGGCACUUUGAGGUCGAGGUGCAAAGUGCCAUGUACUCCAUGGCGAUGGAGCUGAAGAAUCGGUCAAGAAGAGUGGACAGGAAGGUCCUGACCCAGAGAGUUUUGGACCUGUGUGGUGACCACCUUCAGAGCUACCUGAGAGCCAAAGAAGUCAUGGCCGAGCUGAAGAGGCAACCGGAUGGUGAGAACAGCCUCUGGAAAGCAUACUCCCGGGUCUGCACACCUCACCCUGCUGUGAAGAGCUCGGCCAUGGAGGUGAACUACGCCAGGGCUAUUGUUGACUUGCUGCUGCAUGUUCUUGUCCCACCGCCUCACCUGGAAACCCGAACGGGAAGGUUUGUGGUCGGAGAGCUCAUCACAUGCAAUGUGCUUCUCCCCUUCAUUACGAAACUAUCGGAUCCAGACUGGCUGAACCUGUUAAUCGUUUCCAUUUUCACCAAGUCAAGUAUGCAAGCCCCCAAAGCCUCAGAACCACCAAAAACACCAUCACUGCCACAUCUCACUGUCUUAGAGCAGGAUCAGCCACAGCAAGACGUUCAGGUCCCUUGCUCUUUACCCUUAAGGAUCCUAUCAGAAACACCUAACGACAUAGAGUCUGCCACACCUGAGUUGGCUGCUUACGAUAUCAUCGACUCAGCAGAAUUGUACUGCCCUCAGAAUAGUAUAGAGGAAGAAGAGCCUCGACAGGCUAGACAGUACAUUGGUAUCUGUCCAAUGGACUACCUGAGACCAGUCAAAUCCAACCCGUUCUACCAAGAGACCGACUCAGACCUGGACUCUCCUCUGACAGAUUUCAAGAGGAGCUCAAUGGAGUCCCUGAUUCUGAUUGGUGCAGAGGAAGCGCUGUCGGACCGGUUUCGAGAGUGUGCCACGCCCACUGACAUCAGCAGCGUCAUGGAUCUGGAGGAUGACCUCCGGGUUUACCCUGGUCUAGCCGAGGUCACUUCCUCCCCCAAAGUCUUGGUCUCUGAACAACAGGAUCACCCCGAAGCCUUCGCUAACGUGUUGUGCACCACGAUGGAGGACGUUCCCUCGAGUUUCAGCAGCCUCCAGGACCUGGAGAUGAGGGACAGCGGCACUAGCCCAGAGAGAGAGCUGCUGAGCGUGGACCUGGCGGUGGGCUGCCACUCCAAUGGGCUGACGGCGUCGGUGAGCGGCCCGCUGCAGACCUCCUCCCCCAUGGCGCCCCUGCCCUCCUUCAGCUUUGAGCCCCUCAGCAGCCCCGAAGGCCCAAUCAUCAUCCAGAACCUUCGAAUCCCCGGGACCAUCACGGCCAAGGAGCACCGUGGCACCGGCUCGCACCCGUACACUCUCUACACGGUCAAGUAUGAAACAGCAAUGGACUCUAAUAUCCCAGGGUCUAUCCAGCCAGUUGCCUAUCACACGGUCAACCGGCGAUAUAGUGAGUUUCUCAAUCUACAGACCCGCUUGGAGGAGAAAUCAGACUUGCGAAAACUCAUCAAAAAUGUGAAAGGACCAAAGAAAAUAUUUCCAGACUUGCCGUUCGGUAACAUGGACAGUGACAAAGUUGAGGCCAGGAAAGGGCUGCUCGAGACUUUCCUCAAGCAACUUUGUGCUAUACCCGAAACUGCCAACAGUGAAGAAAUGCAGGAGUUCCUUGCUCUUAAUACAGAUGCAAGAAUUGCCUUUGUCAAGAAGCCGUUCAUCGUAUCACACAUAGACAAGAUUGUGGAUACCUUGAAGACGGCGUUUCCUCGCUCAGAGCUACAGAGCCCUACAGAAGACAUGGACGGAGACUCCGAGGGAAAGCCUUCCUCAGAUAAGAAAAACAAGUCCCGGCUAAGAUUCUCCAGCAAAAUCACCCCAGUCCUUAAUGUGUCUGACAUGAGGCCUAAAGUGCUAUACUGCUUAGAUGAGGGGAGCACAGGGUUUAACGGCCUGUCGGUUGCUGGUCUAGAGGCCUUUAUUAAGGAGCAGGAACUAGCGGUGAUGUGUGACGCAGAGGCUGAGAGGGAAGGCUGUCCAGGCCUCAGAGUAGAAGUUGGAGGCUGUGGGUGCACACGGAAUAAUUUACCAGGUGCAUCCAUUCAAGACUCUGUGGCGGAGACGGCCCUGGCUGACGUGGCCCUAGACAUCAUGUGUCUGCUAAUGAAGGACCAGUGGAGCUGGCUGUGCACCGACAACAUCCGGAAGACUAUCCGGCUGCUGUUUGGAACCCUCAUUGACAGGUGGCUUGACGUUAGCGUGGCUAACCUGACCUGUACCCAGUACUGGGUGAUCUACCUGCGGGUGCUCCAGGAGGCUGUGUGGCCGGGGGGCAGCCUACCAGCUCAGCCCCGCCCAGAGCGCAGCCACCAACAGAAGGAGGACACCAAGCAGCAGUCUCUGCACUGCCUCAUGAGACUAUUGCCAGAUCUUCUCUCAGAUAUGCUGGGCUCAGACAAAUACCAACUAAGCUGGCAGACUGCACUGGAAUCUCUGCAGGACCCUUACAUAAACAGACACCUGGUCUACUGUAUCUGGGACCUUCUCCUCGAGUUCCUCGUCCCUGAAACAUCUGAGGAGGACUUUCAGAAAACCCUGCUGCAAAGUCUGUCCAAAAACGCAGAGAAACUACCACCAUAAAAGCCGUGGGAGAGAUCCUCGGGUACACGCACGCACACACACACGUUUAAUCAACUGUGUCAGUGAAUAGCCCCCGCAGUCCAGCCUAGCGCAUCUGGAUAAAUUCCAUUAUUCAUGUGUCGCCACCUUCACCGCUGAAACUUUGGACCCGAGGUCAUCCGGGUCUGUCUCCGAUUUAGGCCAUGACGUCUGUGGGUCUCAAACAUCGGCCACACAUCCGGAGCAGCUUUGAUUACCCAACACCUGUUUUCUGUUUGAUCAGAAUACCUCUCUGAUCUCCAAAAGCCCAACACACCAAACUUCCCAAAUCCACCCUUUUCCUGCUUCCUAAAACCUCCAGCUUUGUACCAAACUCAUUUCAGAUGGACUUCACACCAUCGUUAUCCCUCGUGGUCUUUCUGUAUCCUGUUGGAGCUAGAAGUUUACUAGAAUCGCUAGUGGUUUGGAGAAGUCCAGUUCGAUUUUUCCCCACUUUAGGCUUACUGUGUCGUGCUUUGCCCUUUCGGGAUGACUUGCCUUUGUGUUCUCUGUUAUAUGCCCCUAUUUCUUUUGAUCCCCUUGGCUCUACACCAAGCAGCACAUGUGCUGUGUUGCAUUAAUACUGUACUCCCUCACUCCUGGGACCCCCCUGAGGCCUGGCUCGUACUGAUAUGGUCCACUGAUACGGUUCUGUUAAAGUGGUCACUCACACGUUUUGAACUUGUAUGAUGAAGGCCACUGCACUUUGAAGCUCUUGAUGGCCACUUUUCCCACGGGCCUGAAAUGGUGGUUUUAAGUAAUAUACUAUACAAGUACAUCCAAUUUUCAGUGGUCUCUGCUACUUUUUAAAGUUAUGAUACAUUUUAAGAGCAUCACCAACACAGUUAAUGGGGAAAACAUUUUCUGAAUGUGCAAUCCUACAGGAGGGUGUGAUUUGGUUAAUGACCUAUAAUGUACAUUUCGAUGUAUAUCAUUUAUAAUUUCUUUGAAAGUAGCAGAGAGCCCUCUCUGGAAAUGUGAUGUGUUUUAAGAGCAUGUUGUUCCAAACAAUAUGGCGAAGCUAAAUAAAAAAUGGUACUUUUGAGAUAUUUAUAAUAAUGUUGUUAAUGUUGAAUCAGUUAAUGUGAUUAUUAUUUUUUAAAUCUAGACAUACUCCAUAUUUCAGAACACACUAUAAGGAGGAUAAUGACACCAAGAUGUCUGUACCACGUACUGUUCACAGAUCAUAGGGUCUUACAGGAGGCAUGUAUAGGUAGGUCGUAAAAGGGCCUAAAAUGGCAAUUUUCAUCAGGAUUUUCUCAAAAAAGCAUGUGAAACAUCCUUCCUCCCAAUUAAGUUUUUAUGUGAGAAUUGGCAGAACAAUCUGAGAUGACCCAAAUCUUUUUGGGUCAUGCUGGUGUGCAAUCGCCUAACUAUGUGUGACUUAUGUCUGUGAAACUGGCACAAAGACUUCUCAACAUUGGCAUUCCGUGACACAAGAUGUUCACCGUGUUUGACAUUCCUCACUCUUACUGAUGCUUAUUAUUGCCUUUAUAUGUGUACAGUAGGUCUGACGCCAGGUAAAGCUCAUGCAGUCAGCAUAGUAGCGUACGUCUGAUGUCAGAGGUCCAAUGUGUCCUACACAAUCCGUUGCACUCUCAUCUUUGUCUUAAAAGAACAUAAUAUUGCAGUCAUUCUUUAUUUCUGUAUUCUUGUUAACGUGAUUGAUUUAUUUGAUUGUGUCUAACUUGUUUGUUCGAUUGUAAUGAUGCUUUCUGUGAAAAUGUGUAUUGCUCAAAAAGAAUGACAGGGAUACCAGUGGUACCGAAGAGAAUUAAUACCUGUAGGAAAUGCUUUUAAAUUGCCUUAAACAUGGCUGGAAGAGGUCUCGUCUGUCUUUACUAUGUAGUCUGUGGACAUGCCUUUUGUACAUCGUGUCACAAAGUAGUAGCAAACCCCAGUGACAAGGUGUGUUCUGAUGCUGUGCUGAAUGUUGUGUAAUGUUUAUUCCCUCCUGAACACGUUCCUAGCUGUUACCUCUAUCCCUGUUGAAUCCUUUGCGAUGAAAAUUAGGGGUAGCUUGCGUUUUGCAAGACAGUUGUCCUGUCCUCAAAUGUAUCACGUCACAUGAAAUGUUCAUGUUCAACACAUAACUCAUUUGACAAAAUUGUGAGUGCCGUUUUCACAUGGAACACAUUGCAAAUCUGUGAAAGUUUGUUAUGUGGCUUUUGUAGCAAGUUGUUUGAGUACUGAACAAAAAAAAAAAGUUUGUCAAUUUAUCUUAUGUACUCUGUAUGGUGCCAUUAUAGACACAAUAAUUUGUUUACCCCAUGAUAAAAAUAAGUUAUCAGUGAUUAAUUAACUUACAGAAGUGGUAUUGUUUGGCAUUUAUUUGGUUUCUCGUCAGAAGGGUUCUGCACGCAAUGGCUGCUAGCUGCUAUUCCAUUGAAGUUUCGCCAUUUCUCCCUAACUUCCCUUUUGUCAACACCUCAGCUCUUUCUCAAUUGUCUUUCCUCAAUUCCUCUUGUCUUAUCUCCUUGCCUCCUUCUCAAAACACAUUGGAGGAGAAGGUCAGAGGGGAGGGAUUUGGGAUUAAGAAAAUACAAUUUAUCACUUAAUUACAUGUCUGAUUUGACAUUACAAUCCCAAUUCAGUUUACACCAGUGAAGGCUUUUUGAGUGUAGAAUUGUACAUAUUAAUGCUUUGAAUGUGACUCUUUGUAACUCUGUCAGUGUGUUAUAACUGGACUACAUCACAAGGUUUUACAUUUGCUGGUGUUGAUAAUUUCCAAAACCAAUAAAAUUACCAAAAGUUGAUAAGUGUA